CGGCCAGUGUGCCUAUUUUAAGGCGCGCGCCACCCGGUUGCCUCGUUCUGGGCCCGCGCGCCCCAGUUUUUGCUAAGUCCCGGCUGCUUCUCCCAAACCCCCGCCAGCAUGGGCCCAGGCCCUCGCUCGCUGAUCGCCGCCCUCCUGCUGCUCCUCUCCGGUGUGUGCACGGUGCGCGGUGACACACCUGCCAACUGCACCUAUCCUGAGCUGCUGGGCACCUGGGUCUUCCAGGUGGGCCCCAGCGGGCCCCAGCGCGACACGAACUGCUCGGUUAUGGGACCACAAGAAAAGAAAGUAGUGGUGCACCUUCAGAAGUUGGAUACAGCGUAUGAUGAUCUUGGCAAUUCUGGCCAUUUCACCAUCAUUUACAACCAAGGCUUUGAGAUUGUGUUGAAUGACUACAAGUGGUUUGCCUUUUUUAAGUAUAAAGAAGAGGGCAGCCAGGUAACCAGUUAUUGCAACGAGACGAUGCCCGGGUGGGUGCAUGACGUGCUGGGCCGGAACUGGGCUUGUUUCACCGGAAGGAAGGUGGGAACUGCCUCUGAAAAUGUAUAUGUGCACACAGCACAUCCUAAGAAUCUACGGGAAAAGUAUUCCAGUAGCCUCUACAAAUACAACCACAACUUUGUGAAAGCUAUCAAUGCCGUUCAGAAGUCUUGGACUGCAACUACCUACAUGGAAUAUGAGACUCUCAGCCUGAGAGAUAUGAUUAGGAGAAGUGGUGGCCACAAUCAGAGACUCCCAAGGCCCAAACCUGCACCCCUGACUGCUGAAAUACAGGAAAAGAUUUUGCAUUUGCCGACAUCGUGGGAUUGGAGAAAUGUUCAUGGUGUUAAUUAUGUUAGCCCUGUUAGAAACCAAGGAUCUUGUGGCAGCUGCUACUCAUUUGCCUCUGUGGGUAUGCUAGAAGCAAGAAUCCGUAUACUAACCAACAAUUCUCAGACCCCAAUCUUGAGUCCUCAGGAGGUUGUAUCUUGCAGCCAGUAUGCUCAAGGCUGUGAAGGUGGCUUCCCAUACCUCAUCGCAGGGAAGUAUGCCCAAGAUUUUGGGCUGGUGGAAGAGAACUGCUUCCCUUACACGGGCACCGAUUCUCUGUGCAAAAUGAAGAAAGACUGCUUGCGUUACUAUUCCUCUGAGUACCACUAUGUGGGAGGUUUCUAUGGGGGCUGCAACGAAGCUCUGAUGAAGCUUGAGCUGGUCCACCAUGGGCCUAUGGCAGUUGCUUUUGAAGUCUAUGAUGACUUUUUCCACUACCACAAGGGGAUCUACCACCACACGGGUCUGAGAGACCCUUUCAACCCCUUUGAGCUGACGAAUCACGCUGUUCUGCUCGUGGGCUAUGGCACUGACUCAGAUUCCGGGAUGAAUUACUGGACUGUUAAAAAUAGCUGGGGCAGGAACUGGGGUGAGGAUGGCUACUUCAGGAUCCGCAGAGGAACCGACGAGUGUGCCAUUGAGAGCAUAGCAGUGGCAGCCACACCAAUUCCCAAAUUGUAGGGUGUGCCACCUAGCAUCUCAUACCGAUCACUGUCAGUCAUAAAAGGGAUUGGUUUAUUUACAGACUGGAGACUUACAGCGGGAAUUUCAGAAGCUUACACUCAGAUUGCUGUGAAGAUUGUUGUCUUUAAAAUUCAAGCCAUCCUUAAUUUUAAUCUACUUUCCUAUGAAGCACUGGCCUACUUUUUUCUAAGUAUUCAAUUAAAUUAGAAUUUUAUGAGA